AUGUCGCUGGCGCGAGACUCGGGCCUCCUCUCACAGUCAACGAGUGACAGCGCGCCGCUGUUUCUGCUCUCGCCCGUGGCGCUGCGGCCCAUGACGAGCCACGCGCGGAUCGAGGGCGGCGCGCUGUACUCCAAGGGCGAGCGCGAGGUCGCGGACGCGAGGCCGAUCCCGCGCAAGAACUUCCUGCCGCACCUGACCCCAAAGACCGACGGCAAUGCGCAGACCGAUGAAGACACAGACAGCGACACGUACAGACAGAAGAUGUGGGCGGGGCAGGCCAAUAUUCUCGUGACAGUGCGGCUCCGACCAAUUCUGAGCCACGACCGAGACCGUGAGGAGAUCGUCAAAGUCUUGGGCAAUAAAGAGGUGGCCGUACUGACGCGCAGCCCUGGAGGGCUGGUGGAGUCCAUUCUCAGUGCCAACUCCCCCGUUCGACGGUAUUCAAUGGACCCGCUGCGUAAGCCGCGGCACGCGUCUGCAUCUCCGUCGGUCAGUAGUGGGCAGACUGGCACACGCAGUCGGGAAAAGCGCUAUGCGUAUGACUACGUCUUCUCGCCACAGGACGACCAGCAAAAGGUUUACCAACACACGACCAAGUUUUUGAUCCACGGAGUACUCAAUGGCUUCAACGCGACAGUAUUUGCCUACGGUUGCACAGGUGCCGGGAAGACGUACACGAUGCUCGGUACCCCGGAGGAGCCUGGCAUCAUGGCGAGAACGCUCGAAGACUUGUUCAAGAAUAUUGGGCGCGUGCACGCAGAUCCGGCAGGAAAAGUGCAGUACCGAGUUUCGGUGUCUUUUCUCGAAGUGUACAACGAGAACAUUCGCGACCUGCUGUCCGCCAGUUCUUCUUGCUCUUCUUCGACGUCUAUGCCAACAUCCGAGUUCCUGGACUUGCGGGAAGACCCGGUUCGAGGCUCUGUUGUGGCCGGACUUUCGGAAGUCGAAGCGAAUAAUGCUCGGGAUGUGAUGAAAUUGCUGCGCAGAGGCAACAAAUACCGAUCACAGGAGAGUACAGCGGCAAACUCGGUCUCCUCGCGAUCUCAUGCAGUGUUGCAAACCACAGAAGUAAAGUUCGGCAAGCUGUCUUUGGUGGAUCUGGCUGGAAGCGAGAGAGCUGCAGUGACGCAAAACCGUGGCCAGAGAUUGCUUGAAGGGGCCAACAUUAAUCGGUCGCUGUUGGCACUGGGCAACUGCAUCAAUGCUCUUGGUGAGAAAGGAGCUGCGGCAGGAUCGUUCGUGCCGUACCGAGAUAGCAAACUCACGAGGCUGCUAAAGGAUUCGCUCGGUGGCAACUGUCGGACGGUGAUGAUUGCCAACGUGAGCUUGGCUGCAUCGAGUGUGGAGGAAACAUUGAACACUUUGAAAUAUGCAAAUCGAGCCAAGAACAUCAAAACGACGUUAAGGAAAAAUAUCGUUGAGGCCGAUCAAGCCACGCUGAACCAGAACACUCUCGUGGCCAAGCUUCAGAAAGAAAUCGCGGCAUUGAAGAAGGCGUUGCAACAGCACCAACAAAGUCAGCAGUCUCCCGGAGAGAGCGAGCAACGCUGGCUCGACAGUACAUCACCGAGUCUUUCCAAGAGCGUGGUCGACUGCAUCACGCACUGUUGA